AUGCUACAAUUCCAGCUGAUCAGGACGCAGCAACCACCCUCCUACAGCAACGGAAAGGCAAAAAUCUCCCUGGCAAGGACUAUUGACGUGACUUCUUCAUCGUCUUCCUACCGGAAACGGGUUUAUACCAAGUUCGGCGACAAAGGUGAAACCAGCCUGCUCUAUGGCGGGCGAGUUUCCAAAAACGACCCUCAUACCGAGGCCUACGGAGUAACCGACGAAGCAGUCUCGGUGAUGGGCCUGGCAAGGUCCUUCUCUGAAGACCCGAAGGUCAAAGACAUUCUUCGUGAUGCGCAACGGGACCUGUUUAUGAUUGCCGCCGAAUUAGCUACUGAGCCGGACAAGUACGAGCUUUUCCAGCAGCACUUUGCUCCGGUAACAGUUGAAAUGGUGGAGAACCUGGAACAUACCAUCGAUUCCCUUGAGGAAGAAUUUGAGAUGCCAACGGUCUUCGUCCUGCCCGGCGGUUCUCCUUCUUCUUCAGCGAUAGACAUGUCACGCACCUCCAUACGUACUGCCGAACGCCGAGUGGUGGCCUUGGCUGAAGCUGGCCGCCUUACCAACGAAUUAAUUAUCAACUACCUCAACCGGUUGGGUGACCUGCUCUUUGUUCUGGCCCGCUACGAAGACCGCGAAUUGCCCAUCGAACGGGCAACCGGCGAACGCAGCUAG